CUGUCAAAUGUUUUUGUUUCAAGAAACACAAAUAACGACUGUUGACAGAUAAACAUUUCUUAACAAAAACCAAAUAUUUGUGGUUUUUGUACAAGUAAUAUUUCUUGUACUUGUGUUAUCACUUUGUGUAAUUAAUGCUUCUUAAAACUUAAAAAAUUGUAAAUAUUAUUUUUAAUUCAAACAAAACAAAAUUCUACUCUAGAAUGGAUGAUUCAAAUGGCUUGAUUUAUGGCCUAGAAUUACAAGCUCGAGCUUUAGCUCCACAGCUGGCUGAAAGUAAUGAAAUUCGAUAUUUUAUUGCGACAAAUUCUUUAAAGCCCACAAAUCAAGUGCAUUUGGUUGAGUACAAUGAAGAAAAAUCGAAUAUAACUUCAAAAAUCUUUGAACAUUCAAUGGGUGAGGUGUGGAAAAUUAAUGCCAGCCCACAUGAUUUGCAUGAAAUUGCUACCUGUUACAAUGAACAGAACGGGAAUAGUUUUAAAACUAAAGCGGCUAUUUUGACAUAUAGUGACGGUGAUGCUAAUGCAGGAAAUGUUGGCAUUAAAUCGGAAUUUUUAGAGUGGCAUAAAAUGGAAAUAUUAAACACAGAAAAAUAUGGUGAAAAGGUUAAAACUGUAGAAUACCACCCAAAUCAUAAGGAAACAUUGGCCUGUGUAGUGGAUAAUAAAAUCGUGCUAUUUGAUCGUGGUGAAGCGGAAAGUAGACAAAUUGCAGAGGUAACAUCAACGGGAUCGGCUACGAAACACAUUAAUCCAUUUAAUACGGGUAAAUGGUCGUACCACCAUCAAGGCCAACAAUUUGUAGCCUUACAUGAUACUCAUGUUAGAGCCUAUGAUAUACGUGAUCCUCAACAUGUAACGUGGUCCAUAGAGGAGGCGCAUGGUCAGUUGGUACGUGACAUUGAUUGUAAUCCAAAUAAACAGUGUCAUUUUGUGACGGGCGGUGAUGAUGGUUUUAUAAAAAUAUGGGAUUGUCGCCUGCCUAAAGAACCGGUAUUUGUACGUAACGAUCAUUCGCAUUGGGUUUGGUCCGUACGCUUUAAUACAUUCCACGAUCAGUUAGUUUUAAGUAGUUCAAGUGACUGCAAAGUCUUGCUAACAUGUGCCGGUUCGGUUAGUUCUGAAGCGGUAGAAGAGUUGGCUAUAAAUAAUCCUAAAGAAGAAGUACAUCGUAAGUAUUUGGCAGAUGGCUUAUUGCAAGCCUUUGAUCAGCAUGAAGAUUCUGUUUAUUGUGUAGAAUGGAGUAAUGUCGACCCUUGGAUAUUUGCCUCGCUUAGUUAUGAUGGUCGUUUAUUAAUCUCAAAAGUACCCAAACAAUAUAAGUAUCAAAUUAUUUUGUAAUUAUUGGUAUUUUUAAUAAAUCGCUAAAUUAUAUUAGUUUUAUAGAGCUAAAA